UUCGGCUUGUCCCCGCGAGAGCUUCCGAACGUUCGUUCCGUGAAGUUCAUAGUUGUGCAUCAUGUCUACCUCACAUGUUAGGCGGCCUUCGAAAAGGCAGACAUCUGCCGUAUUCGACCUGCCCUCCUCGGAUUCAUCAGACUCUGGCGACGACGACACCCCUCUUCCUUUCCCUAGCGCUCUACCGCGAUCCGACUUCCUCGCACCAGACUUCAACCCAGCCGAGUACCUUUCAGCACUACCGAAUAGACAUCAGACAUUAGAAGACCUGAGAUCAGACUUGCGCGACCGCAGCGCAGCCAUCAGCGCCGAGCUGCUCGAGCUUGUCAAUUCCAACUACACCGUAUUCCUAUCUCUUGGCUCGGAGCUCCACGGCGGCGACGAAAAGGUCGAAGAUGUCAAGGUGGCACUUCUAGGAUUCCGCAGGGCGGUAGAAGAAGUCAAAGCCAAGGUCACAGCACGACGAUUACAAACAGAAACGCUGACAACCGAACUGCAACAAGUACGGACCGACAUUGAGAAGGGCCGCAAGCUUCUCGAGGCUACAGAAAGAAUAUCAAGCUUAGAGAAGCGCCUGGCCAUAGACAGCUUACCAACAGCACAAGUUGACGGUAUCACUCUGGAUACGGAUGAUGAGGAUGAAGAUGCAGACGAAGACGGGCCCAUUGGGUUGCUGGGCAGCUCUCCAACGAAAUUACUGGUGUCUGUGCAGCAAUAUUCUAGAGCCAAGGUCGUCCUGGAGGCACUUGAGGCCGAGCACCCGCUCGUAAUAAGACUGGCUGCAAGAUUGGUCAAAUGCCGAAAUACGCUCUUGUUAGAUUUGAGCAAUGCCUUACGAGAAGCAAGAAAAUCAGGGCCCAAGGGUCGGAACAGAACACUCCGCUAUCUAGCUCUCUACCGAAUGCUAGACGCUGGCGCUGAAUGCCUCAAGGCCAUCCGCCAAACAUGACAUAAUGUAUAGUAAUGAAUAGACUAGAGAAAUUAAAAAUAACGAUUCAAGACAAA